AUGAAUCAGACAUUUGCACACCUACCCGCACCAUCUCCCUAUCUAAUAAUAAAAAUUAAGCUUUUGGGUCAAUUGAAAAUUGAUUUACUUAAUUUAUUAAUAUCCACAAAAUUACCAUCUACACCAACCAACCACCAAACAAAUUAUAUAUUGACAAAUGUUUUCAUCCGAAAAUCAAUGAGAGAGUUAUUGAUAAAUGGAAUUAGGACAUAUGAAAUUACAUCAUCUUACAAAAAAAAAAAUAAUUAAAAAUACAAACAACAACAACAAAAAAAUUGAAAUAAAGAAAUCAAUAAAAUGA